CUCGCACAAAGGAAAGACAAAACAGUUGCACGUGCGCCGUGGGGGACCGUUAACCCCUGGCCGUACCCUCCGCCAACAUUCCUUCUUCUCUUCCUCCCUCCCUCAAAACCAGACCAAGCUGUCUCUCUCUCACACACACAUACACUAAAUUGUGUUUUUAUAGUUUAGAAUUAUAUAUGCCCUAGCUAGUUUCUUCAAGGUCGUGUUUAAUUGCUAGAAUCUGACUUCCCUGCUAGCUAGCUGUUCCUUAAUUUCCCGAUGGAUAGUGGUUUUUCUUCUCCUCGAGCUGACACCUUUCCGGCCGGUCUUCGGGUGCUUGUGGUCGACGAUGAUCUAACAUGGUUGAAAAUCCUUGAGAAGAUGCUCAAAAAGUGUUCCUAUGAAGUGACUACAUGUAGUCUGGCCAGAGACGCUUUACAGUUGCUUCGUGAAAGAAAAGAUGGAUUUGACAUUGUCAUCAGUGAUGUUAACAUGCCUGACAUGGAUGGUUUCAAGCUUCUUGAGCAUGUCGGACUUGAGAUGGAUCUUCCUGUCAUUAUGAUGUCUGUUGAUGGGGAAACAAGCAGAGUGAUGAAAGGUGUUCAACAUGGAGCAUGCGAUUAUCUUCUCAAGCCUAUAAGAUUGAAAGAACUAAAAAAUAUUUGGCAGCAUGUCCUCAGGAAAAAAAUACAUGAGGUAAGAGACAUUGAAAGUCUUGAAGGCUCUGAAGAAGUUAAGAUGAUGAGAAAUGGAUUAGACCAAUAUGAUGAUAGGCAUUUGCAUAGUGGAGGUGAUCUGUCUCCUGGAAAGAAAAGGAAAGAAGUUGAAAUCAAGCACGAUGAGAGAGACUUUGGUGAUCCUUCUGUGAAGAAACCUAGAGUAGUUUGGACUGUAGAACUUCACCAGAAAUUUGUCAAAGCUGUUAAUCUGAUUGGAUUUGAUAAAGUUGGUCCUAAAAAAAUACUUGACUUGAUGAACGUGCCGUGGUUGACAAGAGAAAAUGUUGCUAGUCACUUGCAGAAGUACCGCCUAUAUUUGAGUAGGUUACAAGAAGAUGAUGACCUACAAGCUUCUUUUGCUGGGAUAAAGCAUUCGGAUCUGUCUUCAAAAGAGUCUGCUGGAAGUCUUGGCCUUCAGAUUUCAAACAGUAUGCAACAAAAUGAUGCCGCUAAUGCCAACUACGGAUUUUCUGUCGAUAAAAUCCUAGUACAUAACGUGGAUCCCAAAAUCAAUGAAGGUGAUGUUAAUUGUGUUAAGUCAUUGCCAAUUACAGAACCCCAUAAAGUUCUGAUUGGUGACAUUCCCGAUCCUCAGACAUCUAGUUAUUCAUGGAUGGGCUUUAAUAACUCUCUGAGACAACCAAAGCCACAUGUAAACUAUGCAGCAUUUGGUUCUACCAUCGAGGAGAACACUUGCAGUGAAGUUUCCAAAAUUCAGUUCAAACAUGAACAUAAGCACUAUCUUCAGUCGGAGGAUGACUUCAGCAAUCUGUUAAUGCCUGAUCCACAGCAUCACAUCCAAGUUGGUUGCCUACAGCCUGCUCCAUCUAUUAAUCCUCCCAGGCCUUUCGACACAGAAAGAGAUAAACCGGCACCAAUUGAUGUCAAGCCUCCAUAUGCCAAAUAUGGAAGCAAUCACAUCAAACACAUUGCUCCUGUAGGAAGUGUAAUUGACUUGUUUUCUGCUCAACCUGAGAGCCAUUUGGCAAACUUUCUAUCUUGUGAACCAAUUCCUACAACUUCAUUGAGCAUGAAGAAUCAUGGCUUAGACCUGAGUUGUAUCGAAGAUUCUGAAUCUGCCCAAGGAAAUCUAAUUUUGGGCAGUGGGCAGGUUUUUGCGUCUUUAGAAGAGGGCUGGAGAACCCGUCUUCUUCAAAGUGAUUGUUAUACAAUGGAUCCUGGACUGCAGAACAAAGAAUUUUUUGACCAUGACAAUUCAGAGCUAAUUGCCGAAGUUCCAGUACACUGGUACGAUGCACUGAGGUUUGACUAUGAGUAUCCUGUGACAUAAUGGACUAUCUUGUAAUAGGUUAAGGUUAUGAAGAUGAUCAAUUAGGGCUUUUGUUUACAAGAUGUCUUCAACAAAGAAAGGCAACUCCAUGUUUUAUUCCUGUCAACUGGUAUGUAAGUAAAGUAACUCCAAAUUGAUGUACUAAAUUAUCUUCUUUCCUACCAAAAUGGACAUGGUUGUUGAACAUGUACAUGGGGGUUGAUGAGAAACAAUAAGCAUGAUAAGCAAGCUUCUUCAAGUACUUCAAGGUGACUUAUGUUUACUUUGUGUUACAUAUACAAUGCAUAAGUCCUUGCAAUUUUUGUAAUAUAUUCCAUUUCUUUUCGGGUAGGUAAAUGUACUC